UUGUGUGGUGGGAAUUGUGUGUCCUAAAACGUGCGUGGAUCUGCAGCUGGAUAUAUCUCUAAAUUACUACAGAAUCAUCUCAGAUAAGGAUUUAUUUUAAAACCUUAACUGGAGUUAUCAAGUCACAUACCAUAUAUGCAGGAAUGUGUUUUCACAGCUAACUGAGGAACAGCUUGGCUUGUGGUAACAAGCUCACUGCUUGAUUGCAUCACAUCCGAGGGAGAGAAAAAGAGAGCGAGCGAAAGGGUGGUGUUUUUUUUUCCUGGUUAGGUGAAUCAGGUCUGAAAGAGGAAGCAGGAUGUCAUGCAGGCGUGUUUGUCACCAGUCAAAAUGAAAUGAGUCGGUGUCUCUGUCUAACCAAACUGUGGGCCACUGCUUCCACGAGGACUCUGGGAAAUGAAUCUUAUACUGUUCCUGCUUUUGGGAUUGACAGCCUGCUGGACUGGACUUGUUCAAAGCGAAGAAAGUCCUGAGAUUACUGAAGAAGAACUUGUAGUGGUAACUACUAAAGCAGAAGUUCAAGAUAAAGAGAAUAACGGGGAUGUGGCAGGAUCUGGAUAUGGAAUGAGUCAGACUACCUCGGAUUUAGGAUCCAUACAAAACAGUGAGUCAGAGUCAUUUAAUACUGAGGAAACCAAACAGACAGAGGCAGAGGCAGACACAGACAAUGAGGAGAAUGAUCUGAACAUAGUCAUCAUGAUCAUCAUUCCUCUGGUUCUCACAAUCGUCAUCUCCAUGAUCGUCUGUGUCGUCAUCAUCUGCCGCAGGUGGAGAAUAAAAGACGACACAAAAGAAGAUGCUUAUUUGGAUGAUGAAGACCAUGAAAAGGUCCCAAUGCCAAUGUUUGAGGACGACAUCCCAUCAGUGAUGGAGUUGGAAAUGGAAGAUCUGGAAAACUGGAUGGCGAAAGAUGGAGGCAAGAAAGUGGACACUGGCCAAAUAUAAUGAAUGGCUUUUCUGUGCAUGCUGUGGACUUGGUGCAGUUGUUUUUUACAGUUUCCUCAGGUGUCUUCAUACACAAUGGUGCACAGAGUACAUGUUGAGACAUACUUUGGUACUAUAUGAUUCUUUUUAGGUCGUGCUUCAUAUUUCUACCUUUGUUAAAACAAACUUGUACGCUGUAAAAACAAAAUCCACAAAUUAGCAGUUUUCCAUAUUUCCCCCUGUUUAUUUAUGUUUUUGAAUUGCAUUAUGGGACCUCGAUUUUUCUAACAACAACUUUUAACCUAAAGUUUGAAAGUUUUACUUUUAUUAACAUUUUUAUAUAUUUCAAAGUGUUAUAUUGUCUGGGUUGGUGUUGUAUAUUACUGUACAAAACUUUGUAAUAAACUGCCAGUAAAUUUUCUGUUAUUUUAUAGACUUAUUUCUCCCUAUAUUAUUUUUGCAAAUUGACACCAGGAACAUUUUUUUUAUUAUUAUUAUGUAUUAGCGCUGAAAAUCUUAUUUAAUAUAUUUUUUCAAUUGUUUGUUGAUUUUUAAUUGUAUAUUUAUUAUUGAAAUGUUCUUGCCAUAAAAUAGCCUUGACUGCUGACAUGUCGUUAAAUAAAAAAUACAUUAAAUUAAUCUCUUUUUUUUCUUAUACAUUAUUACAAACUAUUAAAAUGUUAACAAAUGUUACGUUGUAAAACUGUAGAGUUGAAUUUUCAACCUCAACAUUCGACAGAGCGGAAAUCAAGGUCUUAUAAUGCAAUUCACAACGGAAAACAAAUGGAAAACACUUGUGAAUCACAAAAUACAGAAACUGUUAGUUAACAGAUUUUACAGUGUAAAUGAUCAAAGCCUGCUGCCUGAAGAACAUUUGAACAUGUUUGAAUGAAAAAGAACAAAUUGGAUGAAACAUAAAAAUGUUUUCCUGACUAUUGCACUGAAGAGGAUACAAAAUCACAUCUCUUUUUGGAAGCUGAUAUGAUCCUCUGCGUACAUCUGAUAAUGAGGUUUUCGCCACUUUUCGUACUGUCAGAAAUACAAAGUGUACACAUUUAUACCAAUAAAGUUAACUUCGAAAUUAGAGGGAUAGUUCACCUCAAAUCUUUUUCUUUACUCACUAUUUAUUCAUUUUAUUUUAGGCUUAGUCCCUUUUUUAAUCAGAAAGUUGCCACAGCGGAAUGAACCGCCAACUUAUCCAGCAUAUGUCUUACGCAGUGGAUGUCCUUCCAGCUGCAACCCAGCACUGGGAAACACCUAUACACUCUUGCUUCCACACACAUACACUACUGCAAAUUUAGCUUAUUCAAUUCACCUGUACCACAUGUCUUUGGACUGUGGGGAAAGCAUGGGAAGGAAACCCACGCGAACACGUGGAGAACAUGCAAACUCCACACAGAAUUGCCAACUGACCCAGCUGAGGCUUGAACCAGGGAAAUUCUUGCCGUGACACCCACUCACGAUUUAUUCACUCUCAAAUGGUUCCAAACCUUUAUAAGUUUCUUUCCUCAGUUGAAAACAAAAGCUGUUUUGAAGAAUGCUGUAAACGGGUAACCUUUGACAUCAGUAGUACACUUAAUGAUUUUUGUUAAUUACACCGUAUUUAACUGUAAUGUGAAAUGUAUUUUACUGUAGGACAGUUAUGCAGUAUGUUACUGUAUUUUAAAGUUACAUUGUGAAAAUUACUGUAUAUAUACUUUUUAUUAAAGAUUUACCUACAAUUCUGUAAAUACAUAUACAACAAGAUAAAUGAUGCUGUAUAUGCAAACAAUAUUUUUGCUGUAAUUGAUUUACAGCAAGUUACUGGCGAACAUCUGCCAGUAAGUUGCUGUAGAUUUUACAGGAAAUUGUUAACAGUGUAGGAAAAACAAAUACUAUGGAAGUCAAUGAUUACUGGUUUCCAGCCGUCUUCAAAAUAUCUUCUUAUGUGUUCAGUUUGAAAAAGAAACUCAAACAGGUUUGGAACAAGGAAAGGGCGAGUAAAUUAUGACAAAAUUCUAAGUUUUGGGUGAACUAGCAAUUCUUUACACUUUUAAGUACUAAUAAAUACACAUAUAUUACUAAUAAUAUGUACAAUAGGUUCAAAUGUGUACCUUUUGAAAAGGUUAUUUCUGACAUGGGGUACCUAACAUUAUUAUAAAUCACAUUAUUACUUUACUGUGUCAUAAUGGUUCUUAAAUGCAAGUGCUGCCACAAAACCUUUUCAUUAAAUGUGGUUAAUCAUUUCAUUUUGAUUAUAAAGACACUGUUAAACUUAAUACAUUCUAUUACACUUUUAUUUUUACAUUUCAUAUUUCAGUUUUACAAAUGUGUGUACACAGUGACAACUUUUGUGUUUUUAGGGUACUUACAAUGUAUAUAUUGCUGUUUAAAUCACCUGAUCAUUUUUUGAAAACACACCAACACACUUCCUGCUAUGUAAUCCUUUUUUAUAUUAAAAGAGGAACAAUUGUCA